UCCGUUGUGGACAGCUCUGUUGUCCUGAAGGACGCUCUCGAGGUGCUAUUCACGUCCGAAUGUCUCGUGUUGACCGAGUACGUGGAGGUGAUCAUUCCUCUGCUGUACGGCGCGUUCAUUUUGACGAUGGUUCACCAAUCCAGCGCGCAGUAUCACACGGAAAUGCACGGGGUCACUCUUGAAAAUGUCAAUGGCAUGGUGUUAAGAAUGUUCCUGUACGCACUUCUGGAGCUCGGGUCUUUUGUGGUGCUCGGACAGAUCACGAAGCGCAACUGCGGGAUUAAUGCGCUGUACCAGCUUGCGUUUGUGCUGGAAAAGCAAAUGGCGUUCAUCCAGGUAACUCUACUCAUGGGGGUUCUAAUGACGUUGACAUUCCGCGUUGUACACUUCGGUGUCGACUUUUCCUUUAAAUUCGAGUGGAUAACACCUAAAUGA